UCCCUAGUUGGAUUUGCAGAGUUGUUUGGGGUGUACCAAUCCCGCCGUCAUCCCAUGUCUUGGAUGUCCUUGCUGUUGAUGAGGCAGGAAUAAGAGCGUUCGUGAACUUAAUCUAAAGCGAGGGUAUAAAGUGAGGAAUUAGAUAUAUUGUACAGUUAGCGAGGACAGUGCGGUUCUAGUUUUUAUAUGAGCCAUCGAUCGGUGCUGGAGAUCUUUAAGUACCUUGGAUUUGUCAGACUUGAGAUUUCUAAGUGGGAAAUUAGACCCACUUAACUGAACUCUUGACAGUUAUUGCGCAGCCUUGGUUACAAGGUUUGUGGGCUAAAAAUCACUUGCUCUAUUGGACGGAUAUGGGACUUGGUCCCAUUUUAGUAGCCAUUAUUUGUGCGCUUACAUAAGGUUACAGUUAUUUUGCAAAACGAGGGACUAGUCUGAGGCGGUUUCUUAGUCGUUGUCGACGGUCCAUAGGGGAGAACUGAAGAUUUUGUCAGUGCGUGUUUAGCUCCUAGGAGUUCUCUCAGCGCUGCAAUAUGAAACAAAGUUGUGGGGUGCCUGCCUUCCUUACCAAGCUGUGGACGCUGGUGGAGGACAGUAGCACUGACGAUCUCAUCUGCUGGAGUCGGAAUGGGACUUGCUUCCAAGUGCUGAAUGAGCGGAAGUUCGCAAAGGAAAUCCUUCCACUGUAUUUCAAACACAACAACUUAGCCAGCUUUGUGCGGCAGCUUAAUAUGUAUGGCUUCCAUAAGGUUGUCCACAUAGAUGUUGGUCUGCCUCGUGACCACGAUGAAAUGAUUGAGUUUCAGCACCCAUACUUCGUCCGUGGUCAGCCCAUCCUUUUGGAGAAGAUUAAAAGGAAGGUGUCUGUGAGCCGAUCAGAUGAAGUAAAACUACGACAGCAGGAAGUUUCAAAGAUUUUGUCAGAUGUUCACCAAGUUAAAGACAAGCAAGAUCUUGUUGAUAGCAAAUUUCUCACCAUUAAAAGAGAAAAUGAAGCCCUGUGGAAGGAAUUGUCUUCACUCAGGCAAAAGAAUAUGCAGCAGCACAAGAUCAUUCACAAAAUUGUUCAUUUCAUUGCUACUAUGGUCCAAUCCAAGACUGUCCCUGGAAUCAAGAGGAAGAAGCCUCUUAUGAUUGGAAACCCCGCUAGCCCAAAAUACAGCAGGCCAAUCACAAUGGACUCUAGUCAGGAAGCAUCAGUUGUUCAUGGAGUACCGCAUCCAUACAGAUUUGACAACAAGACAAACAGCAGCUUUUAUCCAGGUGGAAUUGUCAUCUCAGAUGUCACUGAUCUUGUUAAUAAGCAAACAAAGACUCAAAACACCCAAAGUGGGAGCUGUGAAGGACUUCUGGACUUACCAUACUCACUGCUGGAGGAUGUGGAGAAUCCUUUCACUGAUGCUGUUGCUUCUCUUACUUCUGAAGAGUUAUAUGAUACAUUAUUGGAUGAGAGUUAUAAACCAGAAUCAGAUGAUGGCACUGUUAACAGGAAAGAAAUGGUGGACCACCUGGAUCUCAUUAACAGGAGCCUCAAUCAAAUCCACUCCUCUGUAUCUAACACACAGCUCAGUCUGGAUGCUUUCAAAGAUGAAGCACCUGAACAGAAAAUGCCACCAAAUGUCGGGGAGGAGCAUGGUUAUUUUCUUCCACUGACCAGCAAAGAGGGAAAAGUAGAACCAUACUGCAGCAGUGACUUCUCAGCUGGUGCUUUGUUUCCAAAGGAUGAAGAGACAGAUGAAGUUGAUGGCAUGGCUGACUAUGACAUACUGCCUUCCCUUCUAGAACUAGCACAAGAGGCGUCAGAUAUGACCUUUUACCCCAGUGAUUUGCCAGACUUUGAUACAGACACAUUGGCCUUCUCCACACAGAAGACUAAAAUGGGGUGCAGUUAAGCGCUUGUGUUCUUUGUUGUGUACUGCAAGCACUGCUUGUAUAAUGACCUACUGGGGAGUAGCAGAAAAUUUUUCAUCUGUCACUACAGCUGCAGCCCUUCACUAAGAACUUUUUAUGAACCCUACCUGCCAGCUGCAGCAAUGUUAUAUAAGAUGCAGGCUACAAGAUGGACUGCAGCUUUGUGGCUUGUUUGCAUAUCUGUUGGGGAAUAGCAGAGCUUUAGCAUUUAUUGUACAAGAAAAGAACAUUCUUGUACUCUCUUUUAUUGCUGUCUUGUACAAUAAAGAUGAACUCAGCUGUGUGUCCCACAUACAUAAUGCAGGAUUAUGGAGUCAGAGCUAUAACUGGCUAGCAUGGUGAAGAUAUCUCCCAAAACAUUCCAUCUGUAAAACAGCUCUUCAUAGAAUGAAACUGGAAUUAAGUACGUUAGUUAAGAUAAUGACUUUCAGAUUGUUAACAGUGUUAUGUAGGGAGGUAUAUAGUUCUAAAAUGCACACCAGUGCCUUCAUUUAACCAGUUUUGAGAACCUACCUGACAUUCAUCAGUGUGGCACUCAGCCAUUCCUUGUAGUGUGUUAAUUACAUCUGUAAAUAUUAUGUAGGUAAGCAGAGUUGUUCAAAUUCAGCCACAAACUGAGUGUGAAUGCACGUGCAGGUGUGCACUUAUUCACACCAUGAGUUGUCAGUAAGAAUAAAUAAAUAAAGAAAAGAAAAAGUAACUUUAGAUGUGUUUAGUCUGUACUUUGCUUCUCCCUGUCCUGUCACCAGAUCUGAGGUGUUUUUCCCUUCUAUAUGAAUCUGUGCAUAGACACGCAAGUCAGAGCAUCCUACAAUCCAAAUAUCCACUUCUGUAUAUUUUCUGCAGGCUGUAAUUGUUAUUUGCCAUUUCCUUUGAAAAGAAAAUAAAUUAAUUGUUCUUAA